AUGAGUCGUCUGCAGAUGCUAUUAUCGGGGUUCAAUCUUCAACAGGGGAGGCGGGAUUUUCUGGUUUGGCAGCAGAAACAACAUUACACUUCAGCUGUUAUGUUCGGGUUGCUUAUGGAGAAGAAGAUUAGCUUGAAUAGUUUGGUCAGGGGAAGUGAUUUCAUUCGUAUGAUUUGGGCCACGAAGCUUCCUCCACAAGUUCAAAUUUUUCAUUGGCUUGUAACUUGGGACAUAAUCUCUUCAAACGCUGUUUUGGUUCGGAGAGGUAUUAUUUUAGAGGAAAAUAGUGGUUGUCUUCUUUGUAUACAGGUGGAGUCUUCUGCACAUAUUUUACUUCAUUGUACAUUUGCACGGCAAGCUUGGUCGUAUGCUUAUGAGAUUGAGCAAUAA